UAUUAAUUAAUAGCACAAACUCGAAAACAAAUUAUGCGUUCAUUAAACCAGUCUUUAUUCCAUAUCUAUGGAUUGAUUCUCAAACUUUGAGGUUAUAUUAUUCCGAAGUUUUUGUGGUUAUAUUUACAAAUUCAAGUCUUUUUAUUGAAAAUGACCACCUUAAGGCCUUUUACAUGUGAUGACAUGUACAAAUUCAACAAUGUAAAUUUGGACCCGCUUACGGAAACCUACGGCCUUUCGUUUUACAUGCAGUACUUGGCUCAUUGGCCCGAGUACUUUCAAGUUGCCGAGUCUCCUGGCGGCGAAAUUAUGGGAUACAUUAUGGGCAAAGCCGAGGGUCAUGGUGAAAAUUGGCAUGGACAUGUAACAGCUCUGACAGUUUCUCCUGAUUUUAGAAGACUUGGACUUGCUGCCACAUUGAUGACUUUCCUUGAGGAAGUUUCAGAAAGAAAACGUGCAUAUUUUGUGGAUCUUUUUGUGAGAGUUAGUAACAAAGUGGCUAUAAACAUGUACACCAAUUUAGGAUAUAUUGUGUAUAGAACUGUUUUAGAAUAUUAUUCCGGUGAUCCUGAUGAAGAUGCUUAUGAUAUGAGAAAGGCAUGUUCAAGAGACGUCAAUCAGAAAUCAGUGAUACCAUUAACUCAUCCUGUCAGACCUGAAGAAGUUGACUAAUUUUUGUAAGAUACUUUUAUUGAAUUGGGCAAAUCAUUUUACAUUAUACAUAUAAAUAUACAAUUAACUCUUUAAUAAAAUAAUGGUUUGUUAGAAAAUAAAAAAAAAACCUUUUUUCAAUGAA